AUGAGAUAUUCAUAUAGUUUAUUUAAAAAAGAAAUAUUAGAAUUCAGUUUAAAAAUCAAUUUAUCUAACAAGGAAGGACAGGAAGAAAUGAUUGAUUAGAUGUAAAGAAAUAAAUUAAUGGUUGACAAUUAUUUAUAAAGUUUAAUUUUAAUAAUAAAGAAAUUUUUACACUAAUUGAUAAUAAAAUAAGUUGGUUCAAUGAAAAUCUAUUUCAAAGAAGUGAAAUUUUUCAAAUGA